UCUCGCUGGUUCUGACCCCUCGUGGCAUGUAGACGGCUGGUUCCUAAUCAAGCGUAUCACCUCAGAUCAACGCGACUCUUUGCGCUCCGCUACUGAUACAGAGAUGACAGCGUGACGACUGUUGCUUAUUUUUGGACUUCGUCCGAGGAGUCCGGGAGCCACCUGUGCGAGCUGUGUUUCGCUUACUUUCGUUUCUGUUAACUCUUGAGGAACAGCUGCUGGUGACCAAGUUUUGGGAGGACAGCUCACCACUCAUGAGUCAUUCUGGGACAGUCUUGAGAACUAUUCAUUUUUCUCGCUUGGUUUGGACAGAACAUCGAGCCUUGAUGUGACACAAGAUCGUUUUUUUUUUCUCGUAAAAGAAGUGAAAGAGUAUAUAAAGUGUUUAGACAUUCCACAAGAAAAGUUUUUCAGUGGCCCGAGCUGCAAAAAGAAAAUGCGAAUAGUAGAGGUGUGGAUUCCCAAAGUUGCUACCUAAGCGUCCUGGUGAACGUGUGGAGACUGCAGCAGAACAAGUGCUUGAUAUGAGCACUUAACAUAACUAAGACGAAGAAACGAGCUCCAUGAAGAUCUAUUGGCGUCUUUCGUGAGAAACUGAUUGAUAAAUUUCCACUCUAGGCAUUUGUUGCCUACUGUGAGGAAAACAGUUUCGCUUUACUUGAAAAAAAGAAUAUGAGAACUCUUGUGAAGAAGUUAUAAAGCUCUAUUCUGCUGGAAGAUUAUAUAUAUACCGUCUACUAACUUUUCGAACUCUCCUGAAGUGCUACUUCGGAUUUCUUUUCAUCUCUCUUGAAUACAUCACAAGAAAAAAAAUGUACGGGUUUAUUCACUGCGCCUUGGAAGACCUCGUGACCAAGAAGUUUGGAGCGGACACGUGGAAAUUGCUUCUAGAGAAGUCGGGGAUCACAAUGCAUGGUGCCUCUUUUUUGAUGCACAAAGUCUACACAGACGACAUGACGCUCAAACUGGUGGCCGCCGCCUGCGAGGUGCUUGGCCUGGAUCUGGACACGUGCCUAGAAGCGUUCGGGGAGCACUUCCUGUACUUCUGUCAGCAGCAUGGCUACGACCAUAUUCUGCGUGUCUUAGGCUCUAACAUGGCCGACUUCUUGACAAACUUGGACAAUCUGCACGACCACCUGGCCUCCACCUAUCCGGGCAUGCGGGCUCCCUCAUUCCGCGUAACACCAGGUCCCAGCGGGGAAAUCCUGCUGCACUACUACAGCUGGCUGCAUCCAAUAGUGCUCGGCAUCGUCAAGGUGGUCGGCAAGGAGUUUUUCAACACAGAGGUGCGCGCCGAUAUUUCUGUUGUGUCGGAAUUCGGAGACAGGGCCCACGUGACCUUGGAAGUGACCGAGACGAAGAAGGAAGGGAAGAGCUCCUUGCUCCCCAGCAACGCAGCUGACAUUCUCAGCAGUCGUCCAGACGAUCUGCCGAUUGGCGUGAAGACGAUGUGCGCAGCGUUCCCGUUCCACGUGCUGUUCGGCCGAGACUUCGGCAUCAGGCAGGCGGGCAAAGGACUGCUGCGCCUCGUCGGACACCGCUGGAAGGAGAGCAAGGCACAGGGUCGCCACCUCAAGUUCGACGACAUCUUCGACAUCACGAGACCCGUUAUCGAGUGCACUUUCGAGUCCAUACGCAGUUAUUGUAAUCAGGUCUUCGUUGUGCAAACAAAAGAAGGAGUGCUGAAGUCACACUCAUCCAAAUGCCCCGAGAAUGACGAAGACACGGAAAACUCGAGCCCAAAGGUGCUUCGGCUCAAGGGCCAGAUGGUGUCGGUUGAAGAGACGGACAGCAUCAUGUUCUUGUGUUCACCGCGUGUCAAGAACAUCGACGACAUGCGGUGCAUCGGGAUGUUCUUCAGCGACAUGGCCAUACAUGACCCGGCCAGGGAGUUAUUCCUGCGCUCUCAUCACCAUCGAGGAGAGCGUGAGCUGAUCGAAAAGUUGGACGAGGCCACAAAUAGACUGAAGAUGCUGCAGUCUAAACUAGAUGAGGACAAGAAACGAACCGAGGAGCUGCUUCACUCCAUAUUGCCAUCUAAGGUAGCCAAGCUUCUCUGCCAGAACCUUCCCGUGGAAGCGGAGAAGUUCGAGACGGUUUCGUGCCUCUUCUCUGACAUUGUGGGCUUCACGAACAUGUGCGGUAGCUGCGCGCCCAUGGAUAUCGUGCGGCUGCUCAACAAGUUGUACUUGCAGUUCGACAACCUCUCUAAUGUGCACGGAGUCUACAAGGUGGAGACCAUCGGGGACGCAUACGUGGUCGUAGCAGGUGUGCCGGACUUUGUGGAAGACCACGCAGACCGGCUAAUCGCCAUGGGUCUCGACAUGAUAACAGCCACAAAGAGUGUCCGCAAUCCGGUCAACGGAGAUUUCAUACAGAUGCGGAUUGGUGUACACACUGGUUACGUGACGGCCGGCGUUGUAGGGAUGACAAUGCCUCGCUACUGUCUGUUCGGAAACACAGUCACCCUGGCAAACAAGACAGAGAGCCUGUCAAAGCCAUCCAGGGUAAACCUCACCGAAGUGGCUAAGAGCCACCUAACAAAGAAAGAUUACGUGUUUGAGGACAACCCUGAUGUGGGUGAUUUCCCUCUCCGUUGUUACCUGGUGGACAUGGUGUCGAGACCCGCCACAGACGCAAAGACCCCUCAGGCUGCUGGGCAACAGCCGGCCGAUGACAGCAUGCUCCUGUCGCCAUCCUCCUCACCAGUGCGCCGCGCGUCUGCCGUCCCGUCACCGUCCUUGGAAGCGGAUGAGAUUGGCAUGCUUAUCAACAGUAUGCCUCCUAAAGCUUCCGAGCCAGCAGCCGCCACAUUGGCCAAUUCCAAGAACAAUGCUGAACCAUUGUUCAAAGCUAGAAAAAACAACAUCUCAUCGUGUCCAUUUCUCAAUGAAAACGCAGACGAAAAGCGCACCACAAUUGCGCAGAGUGCCUCGUCCGUGCCACCAGUGACGACUACUGCAGAAAUUGUCAACGUACUUGAGAACGCGUUCGCCGAUUCCAUAGCCAACGGCACUGAUGGACACAAUCCACCACAAGCUAGCAAAAGCGGGCACGACUCGGCAUCCAAGGGCACUGGAAGUGGGAAGUCAUCGUUCCUGGGUAUCAGAUGGAAGCUAUCUCAGACUAACAAGAUGAAAAAACACAAGAGUGCCGACUCCACUCACUCUACCUCAUCGCACCCAGAUGAUCACGAAGAGCUAGGCGGUGUAUGUGGAGGAGUUGCGGGAGGAACUGGAGGGACUGUACGCUUCAUGGAGAGUCCCGAGCCGAAACCUGGCCGGUUGCAGUGCCCCUUCUUCCGGUUUCGGGCCAAAAACGUGGGAAUAGAGGAAGGCUUCGCGCAGGCGGGCAGCGGGAAAAGUGCGCCAGUGGCGCUGGCUGCUGCAGGCGCUGGACCUGGAAUCGCACCCGGACAAACGGAAGCUACCCCGUCCAGAAAAUCUGAAACGCGGAAGAAGGACAAGUUCUGGUCUCGGGUCAUUUUUCCUUCCUGAAGGGACGAGACGAAACAAGUGAACCUCCUAUGUCUUUUGGUGAACCAUACAGUGAGGCCACGAGACAUUCCUCGAAGCUCGUACCUUUCUAUAGCCUAUGCCAGCCCCAACGAGCACCGGCCUGUUUCUUUUUUGCAAGAGGCACAUGGACACUCACACGAAGAAGGAAUGCACUAUUUUGGGUUUUUAUAAUGUAUACCUAUCAGUGUAGUCACACUCUGUAAGAGGGAGGCAACAGCGGGACCUCUCACAGUCAUUCUAGGGACGAGAGCCCACACGUCUCAUGAGCACCGACGGUUUCAAAACAAGACGGCAGUGAGCGAAUAAGCCGACGUAGCUACUUCGCUCAUCUUUAUUAGAUUUCCCCGUUUCCUUCACCCUUCUGCUUCAGCCUUCGAAGCUACCUUGCCACCUGAAAGCCUGUAAGAAAACGCGACUCCCACAGCCUUCACAUUUUGUUUCCUAAGCUUGCGCGCAAAUAAAAAAAAUAAGAAGCGGACACACUGCAAACA